GGGCCGAGGUGCCGCGGGGUUGCUGGAGGGUCGUGGGCGGCGUGCAGGAGACAUGUCGGCGGGCAGCAGUUGCAGCCAGACUCCCAGCCGGGCUAUCCCCACUCGCCGCGUAGCCCUCGGCGACGGCGUGCAGCUCCCGCCCGGGGACUACAGCACCACCCCCGGCGGCACGCUCUUCAGCACCACCCCGGGAGGAACCAGAAUCAUCUAUGACCGGAAAUUCCUGAUGGAGUGUCGGAACUCGCCUGUGGCCAAAACACCCCCAAAGGACCUGCCAACCAUUCCAGGGGUCACUAGCCCUACCAGCGAUGAGCCUCCCAUGCAGGCCAGCCAGAGCCAUCUGCACAGCAGCCCGGAAGAUAAGCGGGCAGGUGGUGAAGAGUCACAGUUUGAGAUGGACAUUUAAGGGACCAGCCAUAGGACGCAGUGAUGCUUCUGGGCCCCUGGGGCCCUUGGGAGGAGAGCCACAGCAGUCAGGCCUUGUACCCGGCAGACACUGGGUGUGGAUCGGCCACCCAGUCCUGCUCCUCACUCAGGGCACCUGCUCUGCCUUCCAUUUUGUGAAUACCAGCACAUACCUCCUUGUGCCUCUGUUGAUACUGAGCUGCUACUCCAGGGUAAUGACUCUCACCUACACCCUCCCUGCAUCAAGCGCCAGCGAGUGGACACAGAGGAGUCUGUCGGAAUGAUCUGGCAAUUCUAGCCCCAACCUCUGGAGCACACCCACCUUACCUUAGGUUGGGGUACCUGGGAAAGCCACCCUUUACUUCUUUCCCUGAGAGGAAAUAAAAGCCACAUUUACCCUAGGCCCACAGCCGGGCCCUGUCUGAACUGUUUCCAAGUUGA